GAUAACCUUGAAAAGGUCUAUUGACAUUUGCUUCAUUUGUUACGAUUGCAAACUUGACAAAACAAAGGAACUCUUUAUUCAGAGUUUUUCUUUUCUAUGGAGGGUUCUAUAGUGCUCUCGAAACAACAAACCUUUCACUCGCAAAUGCCAACGAGCAAUUUUCUUCCCAGACCGAUAUUUUGGCAAAUAUUUUGGCAAAUAUAGACGAGGAAUCUACACGUAAACCUGGUAGAAACGCUAUUGUUGCUUCGGAUUCUCCUUCAGGAACAUUAGAUCGAAUGUUAGACCGAAAUACAUCAAAAUCUGACGAAAUGAAAAACUCUAAUGAUCAAACGGGUGAAUUUGAAAGAUUCGAGAACGUCGAACUUGAAAAGGAAGAGAAACAUCCUGAACCCAAAAAGAAGUACCGUAUGCAGAAGAAUAAUCCAUACUAUUUCCAGCAUCCCUACUGCCGACUGAUUAUUGCUUAUGUUAUUGUCUUUCUCAAUUUCCUGAUAUAUGCAGAAGAUCCUGUGUCACACAGUGUGGUUGAAGCCAAAUUACCUGUUGUGGGAAAUGAUGUUGGUUUUCUAAUCUUUAGAUAUCCACCUAGAGGAUGGUUUGUGCUGAAACUCUUCUUUUUCUUAUGUGGUGUAAUAACUGGCAUGUUGAUUGGGAAGUUUAUAACCCACAAGCGUUUUAUAUGGAGAUUUCUCAAACUGCGCAUGUUCCAUGUUUUGUCCCAUAAAGAAAAGAUUGAACGAAGUUAUGGAAUGGUGUUUUGAAUGGGUGGAAUUUACGCCUUUCGAAUAUGGCUCUCGAAGACUUGGUGUUUUUGGAAAAACGUCACACUUUGGCGUAAAGUAUUACAAAGGCCGUUUAGUUACAGAGUAUGGCGAACCUCCAUUGCAUUUUCUGCAAGACAGGUGUAUGGGGAAGUGCUUUCAGCAUCAUAUUGAAUUCAUUGAAAGACGAUGACGAAAAACGUGGCAAAAAUCACAAAGAUGAAUUAGUGUCUGCAAUCAAGAUAGAUGUUGAUAACUGUAAGACAGAAGAAAAUGACAGCGAAGACGAAGACAAAGACAAAAAUAAACCCGAAGACGAAGUAGACAAUAAAGGUUGGGUGACGCAGAUGUUGAACCCCAAAAAUAUUUUUGCAACUCGCAAAGGAAAAGCCGCUGAAUGCUUUGACUUUUGCCGUGGACUCAAGUUAAAAAACAAAAACGGAACUGUUGGUGGUAAGGACGCUGUAUUCAAGAACAAAACCAUGUGUGUUGUUGAUAGUGGUAUAGCUUUCAAUUCACCAUUUCCUGUUCUACUGAGACCAGAAAGAAAAGUUGAAUUAAUUUUGUCGUUCGACUUCAGUCAAAGAGAUAAUGGAGACAAAGAACCUCCUUUUCAUGAACUGUUGAAAGCAGAGAAAUGGGCAAGAGAAAAUAAAUAUCCCUUUCCAAAUAUUAAGGAUAAUCCGUUGGUCAAAGAUUCAGAGGCCAAAGAUUCUGAAAUUCGUGAAUGUUAUGUAUUUAAAGAUGAAAAUGAUCCGAAUUGCCCAACAAUUUUACAUUUUCCAAUUGUAAACAACUCCUUUCGAGAGUAUCUUAGCCCAGGUGUGAAGAGAGAGAAAGAUGACGACAUAAAGUUUGCAAACUUUGACAUUUUUGACGACCCCGAUGAGCCUUAUUCCUCCUUCAAAUUUGAAUACAAGCUCAAAACGUUCGAAAGAUUGCAUGAACUAAUAAAAUACAAUACGCUCGUAAGCAUUGAUCUGAUCAAGGGAAAAAUAAUCGAUAUUGUAAAGUACAGGCGAAAGCACAGAAAGUAUGCUAAGAAACACUCAGGAAAAAAAUGUUAACAAUAGUUUUAGUCCCUUCACUUGUAUACCAAUAUACCAAAAUAAUCCACAUCGUAUAAACCAACCUAACAUUUAAACUAUUAUUUGUUAGUGCCCGUUUGUAGUGUUAGUAGAUUAAUUUGCUUUAUUAUUUGUAAUUCCACAGACUUACAUUUGUAUUACAUAAUAAGCGUGUAUGUAUUUGAUGUAGUACUUACGUACGAGUAAAGCUCAUAAAUAAAUAUGAUCAAAAGUUCAUAAUAAGUAAUAUCUUACAUUUACUUUUCUACCUCCAAAGUCCUAGCUUUAUAUUCAGGCUGUUUUCUAAUGUAAGUACUUACGUAGAGAUAAAAUUCACAAAUAAAUACAAUCAAAAGUUCA